UCGUUCUCUUUUAACGCGGCUCAAACUCUCACAGUCCACAAGAGCUACACAGACCUCCGACACAAACAUGGAGCUUUACCGAGGCAGCAACACCAACCAAAUGGAUUAUAACGAGGAUGGCCGCGGACCCAAAUCUGGGAAAAUGCUUGCGAGCAACGACGACCGUUUAGACAGCGGUUUGGAUUCGCUUAAAGAGGACGAAUGCACGUACGUGGAGUCUGCUUUCGAGCGGAUGAAAGUGGCCGAGGACGAGCCCUGGAAGAAAGAGUUCACCGAAGACGGAGACACGUAUCUACAUAUUGCCAUUAUUCACGAGGCCACAGAGGCUGCAAUAAAAAUGAUUCAUUUGUCCUAUGGUGACCCCUUCCUCAACACACAAAACAACCAGAGACAGACUGCCUUGCAUUUGGCCGUGGUCACAGAUCAGCCUCUUAUAGUGGAGCAGUUACUGAAAGCCGGCUGUGAUGCAUCUCUGGUGGAUGACUGUGGAAACACGGCCCUCCAUAUCGCCUGCAGGAAAGGUUCUCUGACCUGCUUCAGCCUCCUAACGCAGGGCUGUCGGCAGCAACUCCCAGCCAUCCUCCAGACACCAAACUAUAACGGUCAAAAAUGCAUACACGUGGUCGCCAACCAAGGCUACCUGUCGCUGUUAGAAAGCCUCAUCCAGCUUGGCGCAGACAUUAACGCACAGGAGCAGUGUAAUGGACGAACCGCUCUCCACUUAGCAGUUGACCUCCAGAACUUUGAGCUGGUUAAACUUCUAAUCACCAAAGGUGCUGAUGUUCACAGCUUCACGUACGGCGGUCACACGCCUUAUCACCUGACCUAUGGCCGGGCCAACACAGACAUCCAAAAAGUCCUGUAUGAGCUCACAGUGCCACACCUAAGGGAACUUCCAGAUAGUGAGUCAGAAGACAGCGACGAGGAUUGUGAAGACCAAUGUAUAUCUGAUGAUGAAGAUAUCUAUGAUGAUAUUAAAAUGAUGGGGCCAGUGUAGAAGGACUUCUGGUGAAUGGAGAAAGAUUGAUGUUCUCACUCAAGGUGUCCAGGAACGAGUCCGCAGUGGAGCUUGCGGGGUCUCAGGUGGCUCACGGCUCAUUGGCGGCGCAAGUACAAGACAGAUGUAAAAGGAGGCCCGGAAACGAAGGGUGUAUUAGAGCAACACUGGAGAGAGGCCGACUAAAGCGCACCGUCGGCUCUCGAUGAUGGACUGUACUGUCAGCUGAAAUGAACGGCUGCGUUUCUGUUGUACUGUGAUGUAAAAUAUUGUUCAUAUAGACAGAUUUAUUUUUAUAUUAACAUGUACAUGUGUAUAUAUAUAUAAAAGAUUGAAACUUUUGUUUUGUGGAAAGAUAUAACAUUUUAAAUUAAAACCUUCAACUUGA